ACUUCCGGUGUGUACGCGGUGAUGGCGGAUGUUGCUGAGAUAGAGUCGGUGAAGAAUUAUCAGAUCGCGAGUGAGAGGAUCGACCUGAGCUCCAGCCGGUAUCCGUACUGCAUCGUGUGGACUCCCAUCCCCGUGCUGUCAUGGCUCUUCCCGUUCAUCGGACACAUGGGGAUCUGCACAUCGGCAGGCGUGAUCCGCGACUUCGCUGGGCCUUACUUCGUAUCGGAAGACAACAUGGCGUUUGGACGACCGACAAAGUACUGGAUGCUGGAUGUGAGUAAAGUGUACGCCAGCGGCUCUAACGCCUGGGACACGGCGGUCCAUGACGCUUCAGAGGAGUACAAGCACAGAAUGCACAACCUUUGCUGUGAUAACUGUCACUCACAUGUCGCCAUGGCGCUGAACCUCAUGCGCUACGACAACAGUACCUCGUGGAACAUGGUCAACCUGUGUCUGCUCUCCCUCAUUAAUGCCAAACACGUCAGCUGUGCUGCCUUUCUAAAGACCUGGCUGCCUUUCCUCAUAUUGUGCAGCAUCAUCGCAUUCUUGGCUCUGUACAUGAACUUGCGGUGACCACACACACACACACACACGCACCCCAGGUAUUAAAGUGAAUGAAGGGGUGUAAAGACCUCUACAUCCUGAUGGAGAUCCUGAUCCUGACCAUAAAGUUGGGACUCUAAUGAGUGGACUACAGGGGGCGACAAACUGGUCUAAGUACAGAUGAAGAGCUGGCAUCUGAACUCUAACUCUAAGCCGGUCUCUCUCAGGACGGAGAGAGAGAAGCUGUAACGGGAAUCCUAUACUCUUUAAUGCUUGUCUUCCGGGGAUAUGAAAGUAGUAGCGGUGCUGAUUUAUAGUUUAUUACUCUGACCCACAAUCAUAACCUCAGUAUAGACAAUUUAAUGCGACUAAUUUUAUAUCUGGACAGAAACACUGUACCCUCUGAAACUGUGUCUUGAUCUACUUGUCAUCUCAUGAACUUAUCAUUUGUGUGAAUUAUUACCUCUUGAUUGUGCUGCAGAAAAGAGCAGAACAGCAUGUUUAACAGCGUUAGCAUUUACGUCGUUUUAUAGACACAUUUGCCCUUUGCACUCGUCUGUUAUAUUGCCAUAUGCAAACAUACUGCAUUUUUCAAGUACAUUAAAUGAUUAAUAGCGCGAGUCGAAUUGCUGCAUCACAGCUCCAGAUCUCCUGGUUUCCGUCUGUACUUCCAUGCAUGUUUUCACCGCAUUGUUCCCUUAAACCACAAGUCUGAUUCGAGAGCUGUGCCUCAGGGCUAGACGGGUGAGUCGAUCCGAUUCUCAAGCUAUCGCGAUCUUCAAUUCAGUUCGAUUCAAUUCAGUAGCACUAAUGUUUAAUGUCUGAUUUGUCUGAAUCGGAUGUAUUUCUUACAGGUUUAAAAAAAAAAAAUUUGAAAGUAUCUAAUAAACACUGAAAUGCUGUGUACCUUGGCAUUGUUUAAAUGUCAUGUCACGUACAAGGCGAUAAUCUUUUUUUUGUUCAUCUUGUGCUCCAUACCGCUCAGAAACCUCCAAGAAGAAAAAGAAAAGCAGAAGUAGUUAAACGGUUUAGAUUUUCUGCAAAAAGCUGCAGAAUAUUAAUGAGUUUAUUAAUUUUAGACUGUUUAAUGAUUAAAAGUUUACUUAAAUAAUACUAAUUAAGAGAAUAAAAGGUGAAUUUUGUUGUGUAAUGGAUUAAAUCGUACAGCUCUAUAGCUGAGUGGUACUUCACAUCCAGGAUAUAUAUAUUUUUUUAUGUUAAACUAAAAGCUGUCAGAUUGCACGCCGUUCAGCAUUCAUCAGUGAAAGCACAACUCCUUCCUCAAAGCUCUUUAUGCAUAAAAUGUUUGAAACUUAUUUUAAUAAAAAUGCACACAAGUAAUAUUUGCUUUGCUUAUUCCUAACAUUGCAUGUGUUCCAAGAAAUGGAUUCAAUUUUCAAUUUGAGGACUUAACAUCUAAAUGAUUUCAUGUUUUCGAACCAAUUACAUAAGUUAAACACGUUCUUUGUACUAUAUGAGGAUUAUUCCGACUGUCCUGUCAUGGCUUGUUUGUUUUCCUUCACUGUAUAUAUUAACUUUGCAUCUGGUUUCAAACCCCGGUGUAAUCCUAAACCAUGAUCAGGACGCCGGGCUCCAUUACUCCAGUCCCAGUGUCUGAAUGAAAUCCUUCCAUUGUGUGGAAUCAAACAGGAGAAUUCCACGCUCCCUGCCUUCACUGAUUAUCCUCUCUUUCACACUCAGUCGUUCUUUGAAACAGCAGGUAGCCGAGGUCAAUAAAGCUCUUCAGACAUUCCUGUUGCAGGACUUCAAUCUCCUUGAGUGUUUGAGGAGUAUGCCCCCUGCUGGUUCCAUCAAGAGCUCACAAGACACCGUAUAUCAUAUUGUACUGUAUAUAUCAUAUGUAACCUAUUUAAAGCAAACUAACACCAUUUCUACCUGAGCUUUGGUUUAGAGUAAACAAUAGGUUGUACAUGGGUUUCUCAGAUUCUUGGAAUACAAAACUCAUUAUCAUC